AUGUCGUUUCGCCAGCGUCUUUUCUACGGCCUUGCCGCACUUUUGCUACUCUGCACGGCCGGUGCAGCCACGAGCUAUCUUGCAAUGCAAUUGCAGCUGUUUUGGACCAUGCUUCUCGCUUUCUCCAUCGUGGGCGCUAUAUUGGCAAUCCUGAUCCUCGGUGCUAUUGCCAUCUCCCGUAACGCCCCAGUGCCCAAAUGGCGUCCUAAAGGCUCGCCCAUCCAUCUACUCGUCGUUUUCGGCAGCGGUGGCCAUACUGCAGAAAUGCUCACCUUGCUUCGCAAUAUGGAUAUUAGCCCAGUCAAAUACGCCUAUCGAACCUACAUCAUAAGCUCGGGCGACAAUUUCAGCGCCACGAAGAUAAUCCAGUAUGAAUUAGCCCUUCACGGCCGUGGCGCAAGACCAGCAUCCUACGUAAUCGUCCAUGUUCCCCGUGCCCGCCGCGUCCAUCAAUCCUAUUUUACGGCUCCCUUCACAACUCUUUUGUCUUUUUGGUCUUGUCUCCUUGCUCUGUGCAGGCGGCAUCCAGACCAGCAAUACCACAAACUACCGGAGCAGCUCAGGUCGCCUUAUCCGGAUCUUAUCCUCACUAAUGGGCCCGCGACAGCGGUUUGCGUUAUACUUUCUGCAAGGCUCAUACGCCUGGGUCAUUCUUGUCGGAAUUUCAUUAGCCGGUCUAAAGUGCCCUCUCCGCCAUCUGUGACGGGUGCAAGACCGCACGCGUACCAUCCAAUGACGGACGAAUUCCGACUUCGUACGGUAUUUGUGGAGUCUUGGGCUCGCGUGAGAACAAUAAGUCUAUCAGGCAAGAUUCUCCUGCCUUUUGCCGAUCGGUUCCUGGUUCAAUGGCCUGCGUUGGAUGGCAAGAAGGCUUGGUGGGGAGCGAAGAAGGCAGAAUACGUUCCUGGCCUCAUGGAUUGA